UACUAGUGUUUGGCUGGAAUCUUGACUUGACUGUCCCUUUUUCCUCUUUUAACUCAAAUUUAACUCAUCUGAUCGUAAAAAUGAAUAUCUUCAGAUUAACUGGCGACCUUUCCCAUCUCGCUGCCAUCUUGGCAUUGCUGUGGAAAAUCUGGAAGAGCCGCUCAGUUGCUGGUCUCUCUGGCAAGAGUCAACUUCUCUUUGCUCUGGUGUUCGCAACUCGUUACCUUGAUUUGUUUACGACCUUUAUUUCCGUCUACAACUCGGUGAUGAAAUGCAUCUACCUAAUUUGUUCCUGGGGUACAGUCUACCUUAUGUAUUUGAAAUUCAAGGCUACAUAUGACUCUAAUCACGAUACCUUCCGAUUGGAGUUUCUUCUUAUCCCAGUUGCUGGUUUAGCAUGCUUGGUUAACCAUGAGUUCACCAUCAUGGAGGUCUUGUGGACAUUCUCCAUCUACCUAGAGUCAGUUGCCAUUCUACCCCAGCUAUUUAUGAUAUCCAAGACCGGUGAAGCAGAAUCCAUCACCAGCCACUACUUGUUCCUUCUCGGCCUGUACCGUGCCCUUUACAUCGUCAACUGGGUCUACAGAUACUACUUUGAGGGAUUCUAUGAUUUUAUAGCAAUUGUUGCUGGAUGCGUACAGACAGCUCUCUACUGCGACUUCUUUUAUUUGUACAUUACCAAAGUUCUCAAGGGCAAGUCGUUAAAGCUCCCCGCCUAAAGACCCUCAGAUAGUCAGAUAAUCAAGUGCCUACAAGGAUGGAUGCACUUUUUGGAAAUAAGCACAGUAUUAAAACAAUGUGAACUGAUCCAUGCCUGUAGGAAAACCGCAAUAUCUGUUACAUGUAUAGAUAGGUACUCAUGUUUGGAGAUUUUUGUGCUACGACCAGUCAGUAAAGUCCUUGUUACUUGAAAGCAUUAUUUGUUUCUUUUGUCAUCAUACACUUACACUGAAUGCAUUUUCACUAUUUUGGGACAUGCAGCUCUAUAAAAAUGAUUUACUAACUCUGAUUGAAGCUAUAGGUGUAUGAUUACAAAAAACGAAACAACACUCAACAUGUGGGGGCGUUACUAUGGGUUACAUAACCUGUAAAAUGGUUAUGACAGAGAAUAAAAUUUAUAUAAGGUUUAAAAAAGAUUUUGUGUGACUGAAAAAUAAAAUGACUCAUGAAACUGUCAAUUUAAAGAAUUGAUAACAUAUUUUAACCAUUCACAGUGUACCAUGAGAUUUUCUCUGUCAUAUAAGAUUUGCUCUUGUAAUAAUUUUGUUACAGUGUACAUGGAAAUAACAAAUCUAGCAGAGUAAAGAGCUGGCUUGCUUUGCCUUUAUGACAAAGGAAGAAAUCCAUAAUUUAUUAUUGAAAAUAACCUAAUCCUAUGGGUAGGAAUUUCUUACCUCUAGGAGUAAUACAAGAAUCCAUGUACACUGUACCAGAAAUAAACUCUAAGAAAUCA